ACCACGCCCUCUGUUAGCAACUUGUGGCUAGCUCGGUACCGAGGAAGGCACUGCUCCGAGGGAUCUGCUUCAGACACCACCCCGAGUCAAAGACUAUCCGCGUGUACAUAAUUCUGUCAUAGAAGUCCAGAUGCAUGAGUCUCGGUCAGAUCCAACAAGCCACACCAUUCAAACAAAUCAGACAGAGAACGGGAAUCAUACUGAGAAUGAAUGUCGACUGAGGAGUAGCCAAACUCCUCCUCCAGAGGCACCCAGGUGCCCAGAUAAACGUUUCAAUGGAGAUUAUCAGGUUCCAGUGUCAUUGUCCAUGAUGACCCCACCAGCAGAGGCUCCACAGCAGCUGCAGCAGACAUCACAACAACAAGUUCUCAGUCCCCAACAGCUUCAAGCCUUGCUCCAGCAACAGAAAGCACUCAUGUUACACCAGCAACAAAUUCAAGAGGUCUUCAAGAAUCAGCAAGAGCAGCUUAAUAUACAGCUGCUGCAGCAGAAGAAUGCUGGGAUUGUUAGUCAAGAGCUGACAGCCCAGCAGAUUGCCAUCCAGCAGCAGCUCCUUCAGGUGCAGCAGCAGCACCUCCUCAACCUUCAGAGGCAAGGCCUGCUGUCUGUGCUUCCUACCAGCCCAUCUAUAGCUCCAGGCUGUGAGAAUGGUAGCAUCCUGUCAGCUGGUGGAGACACCAGAGAGUCUUCCAGUCAACAAUCUACCACCAAUGGUCAUCAAACUCUUCUGAAGAGAAAAGACAGUGGUCCGCUGGAUGAAAAUACACAGAACAGCCAUCCUCUGUAUGGAAAUGGGAUGUGUAAAUGGCCUGGCUGUGAGACGGUCUUUGGGGACUUUCAGGCAUUUCUCAAACAUCUAAACAGUGAACACACACUGGAUGACAAGAGUACAGCACAAUGUCGUGUACAGAUGCAAGUGGUUCAGCAGCUAGAACUGCAGCUGAAGAAGGACAAAGAACGACUGCAGGCUAUGAUGGCUCAUCUGAAAUCCUCUGAACCCAAACCUGCAGCACAGCCUGUUAAUCUGGUGUCUAAUGCAUCUUUCUCCCAGGCAACAUUGCCCAAAGGCCCUCCUCCUAUGAGCAUUUCUCAGAGUGCCACGGCACCAUCCACACCCUUGACACCACUCUCCGAAUCUCCCUCAGUUCUCACUCCCAAUAGCAUGUUCACUGGAACCCCUGUAAGGAGGCGAUACAGCCGCUCUGUAAGCCAAGAUAUAAUUGAUAAUAAGGAGUUCUACUUGAGCACAGAAGUUAGGCCUCCAUUUACUUACGCCUCUCUCAUAAGACAGGCUAUAUUUGAAUCACCUCGCAAUCAGCUGACAUUAAAUGAAAUCUACAACUGGUUCACAAGAAACUUUGCAUAUUUCCGGCGUAAUGCAGCUACUUGGAAGAAUGCAGUCAGACAUAACCUCAGUCUCCAUAAAUGCUUUGUACGUUUGGAGAACGUGAAGGGAGCUGUGUGGACAGUAGAUGAGAUUGAGUUUCACAGGAGGCGGCCCCAGAAAGCUGCUGGUAACGGAUCUCUGCUGAAGAGUGCCCAGAACCGUACAGGCCUAGCUGGAUCUGCCCUUCAGGGUGGUCUAGAAUGCAACUCUCUAUACAACCCAGCUUCUAUGGGCAGCAUCCCACUGCACUCCUUGCCUCAUGUUCUUCAGGAGCAGAUGAAUGGAGCUCUCGCUAAUGGAUCUGGAUACCAAAGUGACAGCAGUGCAACACAGUCCCCACCACAGGCUUUCAUUAAAGAAGAGCAGGAGGAUGAGGAGAUAACCGAAAAUUAUCCCUAUGAAUCUCCAGAGAGCACAGACGAGCACGGCCACAGCCCAGAGAUGAACAGAGACGAUGACAACGGUAGCCCGGAGAGGCCCAGCCUUCAUCUUGACCGUGUGCCUUCCCUCUGACUUUGAAGUCCAACUUCUCAAUGGCAAAGCUGCCAGUGUGACUUUGUAUUAAAAAAACAAACAAAAAAAAACAACAACUUCAGCUUCAUCUACGUAACCAAACACUCUGUUCUUUGGAAUCUUUUUCGUUAUUUUUUUCUUUCUGUAUUUAUCGGCGUCUCUUAUUUUUUUGUUUUUAAUCUAGCUCUCAAAUGUUUUUUGUAUAGUUAAGUGAGAUCACAAACAACAUUUGUGAAACUGUCUGUCUGUGAUUCUUCUUCUUAAUCUUCUUCUUUUUUUAAAAAAAAAUAAUACAUAUAUAUAUAUAGCUGUACAGAAAAGGACCAUAAUGAGCAGAGAAGCCAAAGGAAAGGGAAAAUUGAUGUGCCCCUUUCAGACAUGGGAUAAAAAAAAUUGCUGGCUUUAUCAGUCAUUCAUAUCUGGAUUACUUUCAUGUGUUAAUCAUCUUCAUGGCUUCACACAUACAGUACCUGACGGUGACUUGAGAGAGAGUGUGUGUGCAAUAUUCGCUAAUAUUCAAUAUGCUUUGGUGGCAGUAUUAUUAUUGACUGAUUAUUAGUGAAGUGCAAACACACCUAUGGAGUGUUUAGUUCUCUUUACUCAUUACAAGCACUGUGUGUGUGUGUGUGUGUGUGUGUGUGUGUGUGUGUGUGUGUGUGUCUCAUUUUUCAUUAGGAAACAAGCUAGGCAUAUAAAAAUGGCCUUGUUUAUUGUAUAGGGCCAUUUUCAGCAAAAAUAUCACUCUGUUUUCUCUAGAAACUAUUUGACUACUUUUCAACAGUUACCCCCAACCACAAUGACUGUGCAUGUUUGCGGCAGACUUAUGACAUGCUAGUUUUGCUGAGCAGACCUUGUAGUCAUCUUUGGCUUUGCAUGUUUCUCUUGUUUGCACAGUGCCAUCUAAUCCCGCCAUGUUGCUCACGUUUUUUUUUUGUUUUUUUCUGUCUGGGAGUUAAUAGUGCAUUCCUUUUUUAAAUUUUAGUUGUUUAAUAACAGUUGGUAAAUGGUUUCUAGUUGCAUUACCACUACUAUCUUGAUUAAUUGUGCAUUCCUAAACCUUAAUAUGACUGAAUGAAUUCAACCUUCCACUGUGUUCAAAGUAAUGCGUAAAUGUUAUUUAGUCCAACCUCUAGACUGCAGUGGUGACUACAACAGAAAAGUGACCAAGAUGUUCACACGAAGAUGAAGCUGACGUGUUAAAAUGCCGUCGGGUUAAUGGUUCAUGUCUGAAAGGGGCUGAAUUAAAGGGGCUGAAGUAAGCACUUCACAAUGAUAGUCCUACUCUUUAUAGCUACUUAAUGCUAUGCUGGGGCCACACUACCUGAUUUUAUUUUAGUAGUCAUAGUAUAUAAAAAUUUGUAGAGGAAUAAAAAAAAAAAAAUGUUGCUUUAAAAAUGAAAAUGUUCACUGCCAACAUGAUCUGAUAUAUUUGUAUUUAAGGUAUAAUCAAAUGAUCAAAGGAACACAUAGCGUCUUUAUACUUGUUGGUCUUUUUCACCUCUUCCAUCAACAUUGAAAUUUGCUCUAACUGAGCUUGUAAGAGUAGAUACUAUAGAUUUACCAUUAUUGUAAACCAAUGCAUCUCUAUGAAUAAUAAAUUCCUCAUGAUAUAUGUGAAUAAUGUAUGUGUCUUUGAUUUAGUUUUCUGAUUGUUAAUUUGGGAAGAAUUUAUUGUUUCACAUGCAAAAAUUAAAGCUAGGUGCAUUUUUUUUUCCAAAUGCUGACAGCUCAACUUCUCAGCAGUAAGGACACUUUUUUUUUUUACUGUAGUAUUGUGAUAUGUCAGUUUUAAAUAUAUGCAAGUGCAUACUAUAAGCAAGUGUUGUUUACAAAAACCAAUGUAGUGUUAGAAACACUGGUUGAGGCAAGAUAAUAAAUGUUGCAUAAAAGAGCA